AGCUGAAAGUCACCACAACUUGUUCUCUCCGCUACAUAUUACAACGACUUUGUCGUUUACAACUCUUAUGGAGGCUCCAAUCAAGAGAAAGGUGCACGGUUUCCCAAUAGAUGUUAUUGAAUGCCGCUCAGAUUAGCUAUAUCGAAGGUCACCUCGAAGCUCUCGUAUAAUGACCGUCCCACAAACAGAGUUCCUUCUCCAUAUCGACCUCCUUCUCCCAUGAAAUCGACAGUCUCUCUAUCCAUGACACCCACGACAAUGAUACGUCCAAAGGCUAAAGUUAACAGCAGCGCUACACCAGCGAGUGCUCGUGCCAAAGUAACGAGACCGUUGAGUGCAGUCAGCCCGAUUGGAACAAGACCUCCAGCGAGCGCCAUUCCGCGACCAGCAUCGCCUACGAAGAGCCAUACGAAAUAUUCGCCAGCAGUCUCGCAUAAACCAAGAAUAGCACGUAAUGAUGCACGGCCCCACUCGUCGCAUUCCACACCCGGUACUCCAACCUCCACUUAUCUUUCCAUUGAGUCGCCUGAAUCGGAGAAUAAGUCGAAAUAUGGCGGAAGUCUGUCCGUGCGGCAGACUUCACCACCUCUGGGUCUUGGCUUGUCAAAUGGUACGUUGGGUGCAAACUCAAUAUUCUCUCCGCCAUCGGACGAACAAGCCGAUCCUCCAUUGAAGAUUAAAUCCAAACUCUCGAGAGUAGCCUUGUCCGGCACAGAGUCGCUUUCACCUUCCCCGAGUCCACAUCAUUCGGGCUUUGCUCGCGUUCGUGCUCCAUCAAUAUCUUCUAAUCAUUCUCUCGGUUCGAACACGACUAGCUCAUCUACGAGACCGGAAUAUGCUCAUUAUCCCAUAAAUUCGGUUCCUGCCGCCGCUAAUCUGCAUCGCUAUACACCUAAUCGAACCGUAGAACUUUCGUCCUCUCCACACACAUAUCAGUCAUUCUCUUCACCGUCUUUGCAGGACGAUACAACACUUCACUAUUCGCGGAUAGUACCCAAAGUUGAUCCUGCGAAGAUUCCUCUGCCCACUCAUUCCCCCCCUACUUCUGCUUUGUCAUUUUCUUCACGAUCGUCCGUUUCGCGAUCGUCCGUUUCUCGUAGCGAGUCUACAAACAGUAGUACCUCUGUUUCAACCAAUCAUGUCAAGAGCCCGUCUAUAGGAUUUGACCUACGCUCCACCUUAGAUUCUUUGGUACAGAUCAGCGAAUCUACCCCUGGUCCUAGAGACGACCUCUUAUCUCCAAUAGACGACGAUGACAUUGGGAGCGAAGAUAGGAAGGCGAGGAAUGAAGCAAAAGUGAAUCGGAAGAUCGCAGACCUUGAAAUCACAAACCGCUCUUUGCUCGCUAUCAACUCGACCUUGGAAGCCACGAAACAUCGCCAGGCUAAAGAAAUUCGAGAACUGCGUCGAAAGCUGCGCGAGUCCCGACUCAUUCUUCCCCCGCAUACCUAUCGCGCAGUAACCUCGAAUGAUACAGAGACGUUGGCUUUACCAGAAGACGACGAAGAAGAAGACGAAGAAGAAGAAGAAGAAACCCACGGGAACGACCAAACCUACAUGCGCAUCCGGAUACGAUUGGAUGAGAUGAUUCAAUCUGCACAAAAAGCGCUUACGACGAAGUAUACAGACUUUGCUGAAAUGAAGGGCCCCACAAAGGUGCUUAGCGAACAGGAGGUGCGGGAUUGGAGAGGAAGUGAAGAUGUAGGAGAUGUGUCACUAGUGUUGGAAGACGAAGAUGAAAGGAAUGAGGUUUUGUUGAUGAGAGCCCCGUCUCGGAACGGGGAGAUGGGAAUUCAAGAUAACGAUUCUGAUGGAACUACCUCUGAAGACGAAGUGGAAGCGAUGACCAUGCUGCGAGACUCACCGUCUCCUCCCCCAAUCGUUGUAACAUCCUCGACGUAAUAAAUAUAGACGCUAACUAUGUAAGUAUUUUCACGGAGAACAUUCGCAAGAUUUACAUAGACGUAAUGAAACUAACGCUUUGCUACACGAACAAGGAGG